AUCACGGGCUGUUCAGUAUUCCUCCGGGUCUCCAUGCGUUCCCUUCUUUCUCCGGUUUUCACCUUCGAGGUCUCCACAUAACACAAUACGACUUACGACAGACAACAUAAAAUCGAAUUCACAAAAGUUAUUUCGACUCCAACUCCACUUGAAACAAGCAACAAACAAAAAAACAAUAAACAAAAAAUAACGUAAAAAAAAAGUCUCCGUUUAAGUUUAAAUUCACACGGCGCCGUAAUGUUGCCGCCUCAUUUGAUACAGAACAAGACUCUUGGUCGUGAGCUCGAAAAAAACCUGUCAAACGUGUAAAAUUUUUUACUUUUUUCAAUCGCUUAUAUUUUUCGGAGUUUGAUAAACUCCAGAAAGUCUUAUUCUUAGUUUAAGUGACCAGUGAAUCGCGGCCGGAGCUCGCCGCUUAUUUUUUAAAUUUAUCCAUUUUAAGCUUCGCGCCAAAUUAAAUAAAAGUGAUAAAUAAAUAACUUUACCUACUUACGUGCAUCUGUAAGACACCAUUUGAAUAUUUAAUGAUAUAUUUAUAUACUCAUUAACAUACUAACGAAAUUCUUCCUGAUCCGGGACCGAGAACUCCGAGCCAAUAAACUCUACUCAGCAGCCAUGGAGCCGGGAUUAUUUUUAAUCAUUUUAUUGGGCACGUGGAAAAACGUCGACGGACAUGGGAGGCUCAUGGAUCCACCGGCAAGAAACAGCAUGUGGCGUUUCGGAUAUCCCAAUCCAGUAAACUAUAACGACAAUGAAUUAUUCUGCGGUGGAUACGCAGUUCAAUGGGUUCAAAAUGAGGGCAAAUGUGGAGUAUGUGGAGACGCCUAUCACUUGGAUCACCCGCGGCCUCAUGAAGCCGGAGGAGAAUUCGCCAAGGGAACGAUCGUCCGUCAUUAUACUGCUGGCCAAGACAUUGAUAUCGAAAUAGAAUUAACGGCAAACCAUCAAGGCCGGUUUGAACUUAAUCUCUGCCCGAAUAAUAACCCAUCUCAGCGGGCGACCCAAGAGUGUUUCGAUAAAUACCCGCUGUACUUGUCCGGGACACGUAACCCAGCAUUUAUAAUACCCGAAGACAGCGAGAAGAAGGCGAUAUUCAAUUACAGAGUUACUUUGCCGCCCUACGUAACGUGUUCUCAGUGCGUUAUCCAGUGGAAUUAUUACACAGGUAAUAUGUGGGGCACUUGCGAGAAUGGAACCGAGGCCGUUGGCUGCGGAAAACCGGAAACUUUUCGAAACUGUGCGGAUGUUAAUAUUGUAACGAGCACUGCUGGGGUACCGCCGUUGUUUGUCCAACAAGAUAAUCCAUUUCUAUUGUACUAUCAAGACUACCGUGUUGCUGAUAACAACGUUUAUCCUCUGGUUAUCAGAGCCCAGACUUGCCAUCCGACAAAACUUUAUCGCUUUAUUCCGGGGAUGAAUAACUGGUGUGUCACCAACUGUCUGCGCUAUCCGCCUAAUUGUCCUCAAACAAUUUGUACUUGUCCGGAACAAUGCGAGGCUGUCGGUGAGCUCCAAGGAAAAGAAGGCGCAGACGUUUAUUGUAUGGACAAAUGUCUUGUCAAUCCGCCAGAUUGUCCUGCCAAUCGUUGUCGAUGUUAUUGAUAUUAAUAUUAAUUAACACAAUUGUCGCUCAAUAAAUAUUCUGUUUAAUAAUUUA